UGUCGGACUCCUGCAGCAAGAGGCAGGAGAUGCGUGCGCUACGCCGCUUCCUGCCUCGUACUGAGCCCAGGAGGAAGAGGAAGAGACUCCCAUCAUCAUACUGACAGAGCUAGGCGGAGGGGGAGGACACAGGUACCAUGGACAGGUAACAGCGAUCUGGGCUCAGUUCCUGCAGUAGGUUGCUGUGAACAGAAUGACGGAGUGCUUUCUCCCUCCCACCAGUAGCCCCAGCGAACAUCGCAGGGCUGAGCAUGGUGGAGGACUGACUCGUACACCUAGCUCUGAAGAAAUCAGCCCUACUAAGUUCCCUGGCCUGUACCGCACUGGAGAGCCCUCGCCACCUCACGACAUCCUUCAUGAGCCUCCUGAUAUAGUAUCUGAUGAUGAGAAAGACCAUGGAAAGAAGAAAGGAAAGUUUAAGAAAAAAGAGAAAAGAACGGAAGGUUACGCUGCCUUCCAGGAGGACAGUUCCGGUGAUGAAGCAGAGAGCCCGUCCAAACUGAAGAGGUCCAAAGGAAUCCAUGUGUUUAAGAAGCCUAGUUUUUCUAAGAAGAAGGAGAAAGAUUUUAAAAUAAAGGAGAAACCGAAGGAAGACAAGCACAAGGAAGAUAAGCACAAAGAAAAGAAGUCCAAGGAUCUGACGGCUGCAGAUGUAGUGAAGCAAUGGAAAGAGAAGAAGAAAAAAAAGAAACCCACACCUGAGCCAGAGCUGCCCCCUGUAGAUAUACCUAGGCUGAGGCCAGUGUUUGGCAUCCCACUGGCUGAUGCUGUGGAAAGAACCAUGAUGUGUGAUGGGAUCCGGCUGCCAGCAGUGUUCCGGGAAUGCAUUGAUUUCAUUGAGCAACAUGGCAUGAAAUGUGAAGGCAUCUACAGAGUGUCAGGGAUCAAGUCGAAGGUGGAUGAAUUAAAAGCAGCCUAUGACCGUCAGGAGUCCCCAAAUCUUGAUGACUAUGAGCCUUAUACAGUUGCCAGCCUACUGAAGCAAUACCUUCGUGAGCUACCUGAGAAUGUCCUCACCAAAGACUUGAUGCCUAGAUUUGAGGAGGCCUGUGGCAAGAGCACAGAGGCAGAUCGGCUGCAGGACUGCCUGCGCCUGCUGAAGGAACUGCCAGAAUGCAACUUAUACUUGAUUUCAUGGCUGAUUGUGCACAUGGACCAUGUCAUAGAGAGAGAACUUGAAACUAAAAUGAAUAUACAGAAUAUUUCUAUCGUGCUCAACCCAACUGUGCAGAUCAGUAACCGCGUCCUCUAUGUGUUUUUUACGCACGUUCAAGAGCUAUUUGGUGGGAUUGUUAUAAAGAAAGUCAUAAAACCUCUCCGCUGGUCUAAUAUGGCCACCAUGCCUGCACUGCCAGAAACACAGGAAACUAUUAAAGAGGAAAUUAGACGGCAGGAAUUCCUGUUGAACUGCUUGCACCGAGAUCUUCAGGCUGGCAUAAAAGAUCUCUCUAAAGAAGAAAGGCUGUGGGAGGUGCAGAGGAUUCUGACUGCGCUCAAAAGGAAGUUGCGAGAAGCUAAAAGGCAGGACUGUGAAACCAAGUUUGCUCAAGAAAUUGCCAGCCUUUCAAAGGAAGAGGUUUCAAAAGAAGAAAUGAAUGAAAAUGAACAGGAGGUCCUUAAUAUAUUGCUUGCACAGGAAAAUGAGAUACUCACAGAACAAGAAGAAUUGGUGGCAAUGGAGCAAUUUCUACGGCGACAAAUUGCUACAGAGAAAGAAGAGAUAGAUCGUCUCAGAGCAGAAAUAUCCGAAAUCCAAAGCCGCCAGCAAACCGGCCGGAGUGAGACAGAGGAGUAUUCAUCAGAAAGUGAGAGUGAAAGUGAGGAUGAGGAGGAGCUGCAAAUCAUUCUGGAGGAUCUUCAGCGGCAGAAUGAAGAGCUGGAGAUCAAGAACAACCAUUUGAACCAGGCAAUUCACGAGGAGAGAGAAGCGAUCAUUGAGCUGCGUGUGCAGCUCCGACUGUUUCAGCGCAUUAAAUCUGAACAGCUGCAGGAGGAAGAGGAGCCAGGGAAGCCGGGCAGCCGGUCGCAGCUGCAGAGAGACACUGCCUCUGAUAUAAAAGCAACGAAAGACAAGACAAAGGAGCAAGUGAUGAAGAGAUAGAAGUAAGAUAUGAGAUCCAUUGCUGCUCUCGGUGCCAUGGUUAUAAACAAUAGACUCUGAAGAGGACAACAUCAUUGUAUUUAUCUGCAAUCACAACAUUUGUAGCUGUCCUUAAAUCACUUGGCACAUUUGGCUUUCUUUUUUGUGCUAUUUAUCUUUCAUUUAAAUUUUAAAGCCUUGUGGCUUGCACCAGAGCUGUGAAACUGUAUUAUAUAGUUACUGUAGUUUAUACUGCAGUCCCAGCAAUACUUCCGGGCUGCACAACAUAUUGCUGGAGCCAGUAAAAGCACAUUCAGGUCCCGUUUUGGAGGUACAGGGUUCCUUAGUUCUUGGGUUUUACAAUGGAUCAAUGUUGUAGUAAUAGUAGUCUCUAGCACCCACCAAGUACUAUUACUAGUGCAAAGGGGUUGCAGUGUAAGGCUGGUUCUAGGUUUGCAAAUUGGUGCUGGUGAAUGCCCAUGUUCUCUUCCAGGUGUAAAUAACAAAGGACGUUCCCUGCGAGUGAUUAUGUAACUGGAAUGAACAACCCUACAAAUUCUAAAUUUCCCUGUGAAUGUGUACACAUGUGUAGAUUGCUGAUUUGCUUUGUUCUGUCUUUCUUAUUGUUUCCCUUGUUUAAAAUGAGUCAAAGUGUUAAUAUUUGCCUUCAGUCUGUUACACAAAUAUUUUAUAUUUACUGAAGUUGGACUAUUUUUUAAUGCAUUCGUUUCCAAAUAAUAAUGUCACGUCAGUGUUUUUUUUUCUCCCACGCUU